AUGACGCCAGAGGAAUCGAUUACCCUCAUCAAGGCCAACCUGGCAGAAGUCCUGAACCCCGAGAUCAUCGACAAUGUGAUACUAAAAGACGGAAGACCUCUCCGGGUCUACUGGGGAACCGCCCCAACAGGAAAACCACACUGCGGCUACUUCGUGCCCAUGGUAAAGAUCGCCGAGCUCCUUCACGCAGGAUGCCACGUCAAGAUCCUCCUCGCCGACAAGCACGCACACAUGGACAGCCAGGCACUCCUCAUCCAGAGCUCCCUCAAAGCUAUUGGCGUGGAUGUCUCUCAGCUUGAGUUUGUAGUGGGGAGCUCAUUCCAGGAGACCAGAGAAUACGAGGCCAAGCGAUUUCGAUUCUCGAACAACGUCACCGUGUCGCAGCUGAUCAAGGCUGGUUCAGAAGUCGUCAAGCAAAGCAAGAAUCCGACACUUGGUAGCGUGGAGUACCCCAUUUGGCAAAGCCUCGAUGAAGAGUGGCUUGGUGUCGACGCAGAACUGGGCGGGUUAGAUCAAAGAAAGCUCUUCACAUUUGCAAUCGAUCAUAUGCCAAAACUCAAAUACAAACUACGAGCAUACCUGAUGAACGCCAUGGUGCCAAGUCUUGGGGAAGCGCAGAAGAUGAGUUCAAGCGAGCCAAACUCCAAGAUCAAUCUUCUUGACUCGCCUGAAGAAGUCACCAAAAAGCUCAGAAAAGCCAUAUGCGCCCCGAAGGAAAUCGAGGGAAACGGUGUCAUUGCCUUUAUAGAACAUGUCAUCUUCCGCGUCGAGUCACUGAAAACUGGUGGCAAGCCGAGGUUCACGGUCGAAACACAAGAUGGCGAGAUGUUGGUCUAUGAAGACAUUUCAAAGCUCAAAGAGGAUUAUGCCAGCGAUGCUCUAACACCGCAGAUGAUCAAACCCGCGUUGAUCAAAGCACUCAACGAGCUUCUGGACCCAAUUCGGAAGGACUUUGAGGCUGAUGAAGAUUGGCAACGUGUCGCUGAAAUGGCUUACCCGGUUCAAGCGAAGCCUGGGAAAAACAAAACAAGAUGA